UUAAGUCAACAAAAGAAAGGUUAUAAUGUAGAAAUUAUGUGGAAUAAGCAUAACAUCUUUGCUAAUCUAAUUUUCAGACACAUCUCCAGACUUCAGUUUGGGCGAAGUGACUCACACGAAGAGCUCUGCAUAUGCCUGGAAUUGAGACACACAUUUAAAAGACAUCAACUUGCCUUUUGAAAAGUCCAAAACAAACAUUCCUUCAGACUCUGGAAUUCUGUACAUUUCAACCGAUACUUGCUUGAAUGUUACAUUUUCCGCUUGCUGUCCUCCUUACUGCUAUAUAGUGUUUGCAUUUUGUUAAAACUGAGCGGUGUCAGGAGUUGAGCUCAUUCAGCAAGCCAGCAUGGCUAGGAUGAGUGUUGUAGGAGCAGCUUGCCGGAUGGUGCUGGGCUUGCUAAUGACUUCAUUUGCUGAGUCUUCCAUCCUGAAUACCGAGUGUCCACAGCUUUGCGUUUGUGAAAUUCGUCCCUGGUUUACCCCACAAUCCACGUACAGAGAAGCCACCACUGUUGAUUGUAAUGAUCUCCGCCUAACAAGGAUUCCCAGCAACCUUUCCAGUGACACACAAGUGCUUCUCUUACAGAGCAAUAACAUUGCAAAGACAGUGGAUGAACUUCAGCAGCUUUUCAACUUGACUGAGCUAGACUUCUCCCAAAACAACUUUACAAAUAUUAAGGAGGUAGGGCUGGCAAACUUGACCCAGCUCACUACUCUGCAUUUGGAGGAAAAUCAGAUUACGGAGAUGACUGAUUACUGUUUGCAAGACCUCAGCAACCUUCAAGAACUCUAUAUCAACCACAACCAGAUUAGCACUAUUUCUGCUAAUGCCUUCUCUGGCUUAAAAAAUCUUUUAAGGCUCCACUUGAAUUCCAACAAAUUGAAAGUGAUUGAUAGUCGUUGGUUUGAUUCUACACCCAACCUGGAAAUUCUCAUGAUUGGGGAAAACCCUGUGAUUGGAAUCCUGGAUAUGAACUUCAAACCCCUCUCAAAUUUGAGAAGCUUAGUUUUGGCAGGAAUGUAUCUCACUGAUAUUCCUGGAAAUGCCUUGGUGGGCUUGGAUAGCCUUGAGAGCCUAUCGUUUUAUGAUAACAAAUUGGUCAAAGUCCCUCAACUUGCCCUGCAAAAAGUUCCAAAUUUGAAAUUUUUAGACCUCAACAAAAAUCCCAUUCACAAAAUACAAGAAGGAGACUUUAAAAAUAUGCUUCGUUUAAAAGAACUAGGAAUCAACAAUAUGGGGGAACUUGUUUCUGUGGACCGCUAUGCCCUGGAUAACUUGCCUGAACUGACAAAGCUAGAAGCAACCAAUAACCCCAAACUAUCUUAUAUCCACCGCUUGGCUUUUCGAAGCGUUCCUGCCCUAGAAAGCUUGAUGUUGAACAACAAUGCCUUGAACGCCGUUUAUCAAAAGACAGUGGAAUCCCUUCCCAAUUUGCGUGAAAUCAGUAUCCACAGCAAUCCUCUGAGGUGUGACUGUGUCAUCCACUGGAUUAACUCCAACAAAACAAACUUCCGCUUCAUGGAGCCCUUAUCCAUGUUCUGUGCCAUGCCACCCGAAUACAGAGGGCAACAGGUGAAGGAAGUCUUAAUCCAGGAUUCAAGUGAACAGUGCCUCCCAAUGAUAUCACAUGACACAUUCCCAAAUUAUUUAAACAUGGACAUCGGCACAACACUUUUCCUAGAUUGUCGGGCUAUGGCUGAGCCAGAACCUGAAAUUUACUGGGUCACUCCCAUUGGAAAUAAAAUAACUGUGGAAACCCUUUCAGAUAAAUACAAGCUAAGUAGUGAAGGUACCUUGGAAAUAUCUAACAUACAGAUUGAAGACUCAGGAAGAUAUACAUGUGUUGCCCAGAAUGUCCAAGGGGCGGACACUAGAGUGGCAACAAUUAAGGUUAAUGGAACCCUUCUAGAAGGUACCCAGGUGCUGAAAAUAUAUGUGAAGCAGACAGAAUCUCAUUCCAUUUUAGUGUCCUGGAAAGUCAAUUCCAACGUCAUGACAUCAAACUUAAAAUGGUCAUCCGCCACUAUGAAGAUUGACAAUCCCCACAUUACAUAUACAGCCAGGGUCCCAGUAGAUGUUCAUGAAUACAACCUAACACACCUGCAGCCUUCUACAGAUUAUGAAGUGUGUCUCACAGUGUCCAAUAUUCAUCAGCAGACUCAAAAGUCAUGUGUAAAUGUCACAACCAAAACUGCUGCCUUUGCACUGGACAUCUCUGAUCAAGAAACCAGCACAGCCCUUGCUGCAGUAAUGGGGUCCAUGUUUGCUGUUAUUAGCCUUGCAUCCAUUGCCGUAUACAUUGCUAAAAGAUUUAAGAGAAAAAACUACCACCAUUCACUUAAAAAGUAUAUGCAAAAAACCUCUUCAAUCCCACUAAAUGAGCUGUACCCACCACUCAUUAACCUCUGGGAAGGCGAUAGCGAGAAAGACAAAGAUGGUUCUGCAGAUACCAAGCCGACCCAAGUUGACACAUCCAGAAGCUAUUACAUGUGGUAACUAGUAGAUAUUUUGCUUCUGGUAGUAAGGAGCACAAAGACGUUUUUGCUUUAUUCUGCAAAAGUAACAAGUUGAAGACUUUUGUAUUUUUGACUUUGCUAGUUUGUGGCAGAGUGGAGAGGACGGAUGGAUAUUUCAAAUUUUUUUAGUAUAGCGUAUCGCGAGGGUUUGGACACAGCUGGCAGUGACUCUAGGCUUCCAGCUUGUGUUUGGUUUUUAUUCUUAUCAUUAUUAUGAUUAUUAUUAUAUCAUUAUUAUUAUUAUUUUAUUUUAGUUAUGCUAAACUCAAUAAUGCUGUCUAAACUACAAUGCUGAAUAAAAUGAUUAAUGACAGGUUGGGGUUCCCCUGUGCUUUUACCAGUAGCCUGACCCCUUCUGAAGCCAUGAGUAGAAAGUACCAUGUCCUCCAAAAAGAUAACGUGCAGUUUUGAAGCAGCAUUAAACCUUUUGUAGCAAUCUGGUCUACAGACUUUUAACUUCAGAAGCUAAGGCUAGACUUGCUACCUUCACUGAAUGAUGUUAGUUGACUGUACUGUAAUGUUGUAUCAACUGAAUUGAAUGUUUGCCUUACAGCAACGACUUUUCUUUCCUUCUUCCUCUUUCUUUUUCUUUCUUUUUUUUCUUUUAGUAAUAGUCUUAGAACAAGCUAACAGGCAAUAGAAGUAUGUAAGUCAGAUUUUUUUUAAUGUAACAAGCUACAUGUUAAUUGUUACUGUAUUCUUUUUAUCUUUAGUAGACACUUUUAAAAGAAAAGAUAAUUUUGUUGUGUUUAACUCACCAACAUGUGGUGUAUAAUGAAGACAGACUAUAAUAAAUUAGUUUUGUUCUGAUUUUUUUAGAACAUUUGCAAUAAUGUAUCAUUUAUAGUUCUUGGUAGUUGCAGUGACAUUUUCACAUCCAUGGAAAUAACAAUCAAAAUAAAUCAGCUAUAGCAAGUUGUCUUUUAAAGAUAGGCCCUAAAAUGUUUUGAAUUCUUUUUCUAAUGAAAGAAAUAUCUAUUUUAAUUAAAACAUUCUAAUGAGCAGGAUUUCUAUAUUUUAAAUAUUACUGUCCAGAACCUAAUGGGGGGCUGUUCAUAUAAUGAAAAAGAAAGGUGUUUUACUAUAUCCCAUGCAUGACUAAACACAGUCAUAUAUUUAUGAAUACAUUGAAUAUGUCAUUCUUUUUUCUCUAAUGGUUAAGACCUGAUUUAUUUUACAGGAUAUCCAUCCAAGUAUAAAAUUUAGAACUUUGGAGUAUUUCAAAAUGUAUGAUGGUACUUUUUAACAGUAGUCUAUAUGCUUAGACUCAUAUUAGUCUGUAUUUCAGUGUGGAGAUAUCUGCUGAGACAAGUCUAUGAUUAAUAGAAGACAGAACAACUUCUGUACAGUUGGCAUUUUUCAUCCAAAUAAUAUAUACAUAGUUUAGCAGAAUUAAAUAUUUCAAUAUUCCAUGUGAAAUACUUGUAUAAAGUUUAGAACAGAGGAAGCUAGGUUUACAUAGAACUAGUUCCACAGAGGGUAGAGGAAGGUGAUUUAAAAGUAUAGGUAGAGGACAAAAGACCCAUUUGAAAAUUCAAAUUGAUAAGCCAGGGAAAUAAAGAAAAGCUGUUCCAGAUGGCAGCUGCUGUGGACACACUGUCAUGCCAGGAAUGAUGAGAUUGUAAAAAGGGACUGAGGAAACAGGUGCCAGAUGAGCAAAAGCAAGGACAAGGGAAGGAAAAAAAGUCCAAAUGAGGUGGGCUGAGAGAUUUCUUUCAUUGUCAGACAAUAUGUUUUGUAAAACACUUAAAAGAUUGUCACUUUCCUUCCCAUUCUAAAGGGAGUGGGGAGAGAAUUUCAGGUGCUAAAACAAGUAAGGUGCAACAGAACAAUGAAGUAUCUGAGCUAGAAGCAUUUUUCCCACUGCCUUCACUUGUUGAGAAAAACCUAGGCUCAGGGAGGGCUUUCCUGCCCAUUCAGAACUUCACACUCCAUGGAUCUCUCCAGGCCUGGCAGCCUGCUAGACUACCAUGCAGGGCUCCUCUUUUAUAUUUCUAACCAGUCUCUGAUGACCCUGCUUCAAAAAUGCAGCAUUAUCUUUAAGGUCCCAUUUACUCAGAAUACAUAUUAGCACAAGAUCAGAGAAUCAGGAAAAUGUCUGCAUUGUUAUUUCUGCCAGGUCCAUGUGGGAAACAACUGGAGAUGCUUUGGAGGCAACUGUGGGGCAAGCCCUACUGGACAGUUCUUGUCUUCAAACAUCUGCAGGGUAGAAGACCACCUAACAAUCUCUCGUAAAUCUGCAAACCAUGAAAAGGCAGCACUGAGGCAUUAGACCCAGGCAGCUUGCCGAUGUGCAAGGAGGCUUCAGUUAUCCCAUAAGGCAAUGAUUCGAACCUAGCACAGAAUGAGGGCUUAAAUAUUAGUAAAAAUAAAUGAAGGAAAGAAACAAUCAUUCUUUUCCAUUCUGAAUACAUAGCAAAUACAGGGAAAUCCAAGUGUUUUUGUCAAUGAUAUCUUUUGCCAGGUCAGUUUAGGGGAUUUUUUUUUUCCUUUACUUUAAAAAAGUACUACCAGGGCUGGUGGGGGUGACUCAAGUGUCAAGAGCACCUGCCUAGCAAGCGUGAGGCCCUGAGUUCAAACCCCAGUGCUGCCAAAAAAAAA